AUGCAUUCAGCACAACAGUUACAAAUUGAAUUGAAAAAUGAACUAGUAAAAACUAAUCAACUGCUGCAUUCACUAUCCCGAGAGCUGCAGAAAAUAAAAAGUCUUACCAUGAUAGACGGCGAAUUGGAUACUAAUGUCAAACAAAAUGCAUCAGUUAUGGCAGAAUUAGCAAAACUUCAAGCUAUUGAUAUAGCUAACUUACCACCUCUUGAAAGAUUACCCCCUCAAUUGAAUGAAUCUCACCAGACCAAUCAGAAUUUAAGCUAUGAACAACACGAAACUUUCAGAAGUAGCAUGGAUGAUAGUUAA